AUGAGUGAACAAAUUCCGGUCGAAAUGCGUGAAAACGCACGAGAGGCCGAUGCAGAGAAAGUCGAUGCUCAAACUACCGUGUCUCCGGUCCCAGAUGUCGCAGAUGCAGGCAAUUCCUCUGAUCGGGGUUAUUCCCGAGUCUCCAUGGUCUUCAUGGUGAUUUUCAGCGGUCUGGCGAUCGGAUCGGAUGGGUUCAAUGCCUCAAUUAUCGGAAACUUGGAGCUCAUCAUGGGGGUUAUUUACCCGGAAUCGCUCACGACGGCAGUUGCUGCUCGGCUAUCGAAUGCCUUCAUGGUUGGAAUGAUCAUCGGCAUGUUGUCGUUCGGUUAUAUUUCGGACAAAUUGGGUCGCAAAACGGGCGCGGUCUUGACGACAAUACUGCUGGUGCUAGGGAUAGCUCUCAGUGCCGGCGCGAGUGGAAUUACCGAAAAUGGCAUGUUCUGGAUGCUCAUUAUUGCUCGGGGUGUUGCGGGUGUUGGUGCAGGAGGAGAAUAUCCCGUCGCGGGUGCUGGUGCUGCUGAAGCCACAGAUGAAGCACCUGGAAUGCGGAAACGCAGAGGCUUCAUCUUUGCUAUGAUCGGGGACUUGUCUGCUUCUCUGGGAUUUGCAUUUGGCGCACUCGUUCCGUUAAUCCUGUUGUUGUGUUUUCAUCAACAGGUGAGGCAUUAUGAGGCUGUCUGGCGAAUUUCGUUGGCCAUGGGUGCGAUUCCGCCACUUUCUAUUUUUUGGUUUCGCUACAAGAUGGUGAUGAGCUCUGCGUACCGCAAGAGCUCCAUGAAGAAGCAACGGAUUCCCUACUGGUUGGUGCUGAAGAAGUACUGGCGACCCUUGCUUGGAGUUUGUGGCUCAUGGUUUAUUUACAACUAUAUCUCAUAUCCUUUUGGCUUGUUCUCGUCAACCAUCGUCGGUCGAGUCAAUCCCACUUCUUCACUCGCACUGACCAUGGCAUGGGGCACUCUCAUCAACUGCUUCUAUAUCCCCGGUGCUUUCAUUGGUGGCCUUCUGUCCGACAAGAUCGGUCGCCGUCGCACUAUGGCUCUGGGCUUUGGACUUUAG